UAUAAUAUGAAACAGACACGGUAGUACGGUUUCUUAAGAAAAAAACAUAAUAUUAAUUAGUUGCUUCAGUUUUUUUUCCUCAAAAAGAUGGAAGGAAUAUGAGCAUAAUUAGUGAUACUAGAAUUAAUUACUGUGCGCACUGCCGGUUAUUUUUCCCCUUCUUAUAUAAAUACACCCACGCUUUCCGCCGUUUCCAUUCUACCCAAACACCACGCUGGAUCGCCUCCAUUCACCGCAACACGCGUGUGUUUUUUGAUCGAUUCAAUUCCUCGCGUCGCGCGACAUGGCGCCGCCGGAGAGCAGCCACCACCAUCUCCUGGAGAGUGGCCUGCUUGAAGUCAGCAAGGCACCGUCGGCGGCGGUGGCUGCCGAGGAAGAGGAGAAGAAGGAGGCGGCGGCGUGGACACCGUCGUCGUCGUCGUCGAUGACGGGGCGGAAGAUCAAGUCUGAGGCGUCGCCGCUGCUGCGGCGGCUGCUGGGGGGCCCGGCGGCGCAGCUGCAGGAGGUGCUCCUGGGCACGAAGCUGUACCCGCUCUUCUCCGCCGUGCCGCUCGCCGUCGCCGCCGAGUCCCUCCGCCUCGGCCGGGUUUGGGUGUUUGCCUUCAGCUUGAUAGGCCUGGCACCGCUUGCAGAACGUGUGAGCUUCCUGAGCGAACAUAUUGCCAAUACUGUAGGACCAACAGCUGGUGGGAUUAUGAAUGCAACAUGUGGGAAUGUACCUGAAUUAAUCAUUGCACUGUUCGCUCUGCAUAAGAAUAAGAUGGAAAUUCUCAAGUGGUCACUGUUAGGUUCCAUCUUAUCAAAUUUGUUACUUGUUCUUGGUUCAUCACUCCUCUUUGGAGGGAUCGUUAAUAUCGGCAAGGAGCGUCCACUAGAUAAGAGACAAGCAGAUGUAAGCAUAGGCCUUCUGUUGUUGGGUGUUCUUUGUCAUAUUGCUACCCUAGUGUCUAAAUACACAAGUAGCACCGGAGAUAGCAUAAACUCAAGCUCAGUUAUGCAAUUAUCAAGAUCAUGCGCUAUAGUAAUGCUAAUUGCUUACUUUGGAAGCCUCAUGUUCCAGUUGAAAACUCAUCGUCAAAUAUUUGAGCUUGAAGAGGACAGUUCAGAUAGCAGUAGCAGUGAAGAUGAUGCUACAGACAAAUCAGUUAUAGGAUUUGCCAGUGCAAUGGUCUGGUUGAUAGGGAUGGCCGUAGUCACUGCUAUGUUGUCUAGUUAUGUUGUUACUACAAUAGAGGAAGCAUCAGAAUCAAUGGGUAUCCCUGUCAGGUUCAUUAGUAUUAUCCUACUACCUAUUGUUGGAAAUGCAGCAGAGCAUGCAGGCGCUAUCAUAUUUGCCUUCAAGAACAAAAUCGAUAUCAGUCUGGGAAUUACUCUUGGAUCAGCAACUCAAAUAUCGAUGCUUGUGGUACCAGUCAUUCUAAUUGUGUCCUGGGUGAAUGCCAUCCCUAUGGAUCUUGACUUCAACCUUCUUGAGACUGGAUCAUUGGCAAUGGCAGUAAUCACCACCGCAUUUACACUUCAGGAUGACAAAUGGCAUUACUUGAAGGGUUUGAAUCUAGUAUUUUCCUAUAUCGUCAUAGCGGUGUGCUUUUUCGUCAUGAAAGCUCUCCCAACGCUAAAAAAGGAAGAUGACUAAAUGUGUUGUUUUGAACCGAAUCAAGAGACCGAUGAGACGAUGCAUGCAUGUGAGUUGAAGACUGUAGCUAGAUCGGUGAGCUCCUGAUCAAGCUGUUCAUCAUCAUGACGGGUUCAGCUAAUUAAUCAGCAACAACAGCAGUGAAUAUAUGGUAGGUUCAUCUGAAGCGACGGGAACAAGAUUACUGAUAGAUGUUUUGAUUGCUUUGGUGUUUUCAGGUGAUUAGUGUAGAUUUGGGAAAUGAUCUUGAGGUAUUCGUAGGAUGGUGUUUUUAGUGUAAACCAUUUAUUGGGUCAAUGCGUUAUCUUCUUUAUUAACGAAAGGAGGCAGAGCUUCUGCCUUUAUUUUAACAAACAAGAUCACAGUAGCCUUGGUUCUUUUGCCUAUCCUAGUGUGGUCGAGCGACAGUCUGACUUGAGGAAAACAACUUUUUCUUCAGCACUUAUUUUAGUUUCA